AUGCGCUUUCGGUAUGUGUCAAAAGUGUCAAACCGAUUCUCAAACUGUCAAUAUUGGACAAAGGUUUCGAGACGCAAUUUUGUAUUUUUACGUAAAAUGUCGGCAAAUUCGCCUCCCGGAAAAAGUGGCGGUCACGAAACCGUGGAUGAGUCACCGCAGAAUGUCCCGCCAACAACUUCGAUGGAAAGCCUCAGAAAUAUGUUUCGCGAUCUCGACGUGGAUGACGUUCGAAUGUACUUGGCCUUAAAACUCGGACUCUUCAGCCCUCAGGAUCUUGAACCGGCAGAACCACCAGAAAAAGUUUUGGAUGAGGUCAGCCUUGAUGGUAUUGUCAGGUGGAUCAAGAGCGAUAGGUGCAAGAAGAUCAUAACACUUUCAGGAGCUGGUAUUUCUACCUCUGCUGGAAUUCCAGACUUCCGUAGUCCCGAAACAGGAUUAUAUCAUAACUUACAAAAGUACGAACUACCUCAACCACAGGCGAUAUUCGAAAUAAAUUUCUUCAGGCAAAAUCCCAAACCUUUCUUCACAUUAGCAAAGGAAUUAUUUCCAGGAAGCUUUAAGCCUACAAUUUCACAUUAUUUCAUAAGACUUCUACAUGAGAAAGGGCUCUUAUUACGUCAUUAUACACAAAACAUUGACACAUUAGAGAGAGGAGCGGGAAUUCCCGAAGAAAAAUUAGUCGAAGCACACGGAACGUUCUACACUUCACAUUGUCUGGAUUGCCGCAAGGAAUACCCACUGGAGUUUGUCAAAGAAAGGAUAUUUGCUGACCAGAUCCCAAUCUGCACUGAAUGCCCUGGUGUUGUGAAGCCUGAUAUUGUGUUCUUCGGUGAGAGUCUGCCGGAGAGGUUCCAGAUGUGUCUAGAGGAGGACUUCAAGCAAUGUGACAUGCUCAUUAUUAUGGGAUCUUCACUUGAAGUGCAACCAUUUGCAUCACUUAUAGAUAUGGUCCCAGAUUCGUGUCCUCGACUUCUGAUAAACCGUGAGAAGGCCGGCGUGAGACCACCUAUAUUGAGAAUAAGAGGAUUAAUGUGUGGAGGCUUACAGUUAGACGAAGGUUCCUAUAGAGAUGUGGCGAGGCUAGGGGAUUGUGAUGAAGGCUGCCAGGACUUGGCAGACAGACUGGGAUGGGGGGAUGAACUCCGAGCAUUAGUAGCCCGUGAACAUGAACGCUUGGACCAAGAACUAUUGACUGCGUCUCCCCAUGCCCCGGUACUGAUACCUUCAGAAGCAAACGCGGGACCCAGUGCCUCGGAAUGAGUCAAACAAUUAAACAAUUUGAUUAACCUCGAAUUUAAUUGUACCUCGGAUGACCUGAAUGAAGCGAAGAAAAGCCAUGAUGUGAUUCAAAUAAAAAUAUUGGAAAAUUAAUAAAAAUUUACAGAUAUGUAAAUCGAACUACAAGCACCUUCUUGUUCUAUUUAAUAAUAAUUUAAAAAGGUACUUAGUAAGAAAUACUCAAUUUAAUAUUCGCUCUAUUUUCAUGCGGUUAAUACAGAUAAAAUUCUCUCUGGGUCUCCGGUUUCUAUUCGAUUUUC